AUGGAACACAUCGCUCGGCUACACUACGCGUACCGCAGCCUCCUGCUAUUGUUAGACCAUCUACAGACCUUCCGCCUAGUGAAAGCAGAGUGCAGCCUUCUCCCCUGCUGCCAUGUGGCCGAGCUACGCGUGAUUACCACCGCGUCGCGACAAUUGCCCAACAGUUGCCUGCACGCAGUCGUACUACGCGUCCGAGCCCCGAAUGUCCUCAGGACAAUUAUGAAAUCGACAACCGUCACGCGCUGCACCAUCGCAAAUGAGAUCCUCCGCCGGAGGAAGCAAAUCGAACACGACAAUCGUCACCCCCACAAUCACCCCGAAUACAGCGCCGACCUGAUCAGUAUAUCGAUCGAAGACAUACCGCCCACGAGAACACGCUCCGAGCGAAGGACAGAGCCAUCUGAGUUGUCAACAGCUGACGAGCAGGGCAUCGUAGAGCCAGGUAGCAUUCAUACAAGUGCGCUCAAUAAUACCAGCGCGCCGUCAGCGCAACGUCGGAAGUCGAGCAUGUGGAGACCCGGGCUAUUUGCCAAUCAACAGAACAGUGCUAUAUUUGCAGCGUUGCAACGAGAAGUGGCAGGCAGCGCUCGAAUAACACAGUCUAUACAAUCAGCACCGUAUGAACGAUUGAGUGGAUCUACACAAAACGAGUGCCCAGAUUCACAAGAAGAGGUGCAAAAGCGCGUGGGAACACCCCAGCCAAGAGCACAUCUGCUAAAUGAAAAGGAUCUUCUCGACACUACUUUUCGUUUCCCGCCGACCGAGAACACUUUUAGCAAUCACGAGCAGCACAGCAUAAACUCCGAAAGCAAUCCUCCACGUGCAUACCCAGAGGCUCCGCGGGACUACACAUCACCAGUAUCAGAUAUCACAUUGUUUGAAGAGCCCGUCAUAUGCUCUCUAACCCAGCUAAAAGGUGGCGACGGUCAUCAGUCCUAUGUAUCCUGUGAAGGGGCAGAACAGCAUAGUGAGAACGACGAAGCCUCCCCCACGCCUGUUCCAAGACGUCGUGUACGGCAACAGCACGAACUGCCAAUCAACCCAGCCCUCAGUGCCGCACACUCGCCUUCAAUACCGCUCCGAGCCAGAGCCAAGACGAACGAGGGUAUGCUCCAAUUAUGGGCUAACUCUUCUAAAGAGCCAACUACCAUAGUACCUGCCCAUCGACAUCGACACAAACUCUCCCUGAACCUUCCUGUUAUAACAUCCAUUCGUCGACCUGAUGGCAUUCAGCAAUCUGAGCUCACCCCGGGAAGAACCAAAUCCCCCCGUAGUACGCGGACACGCGAUGCAAUAAGCACCUUGAUGCUAGCAGAGCGAGAACUGGAGUACAAGCACCGGCGUAUCUUCAUUGGCACUGCAUCCCUCGACGAUCUCCUCGAGCUACUAGAAGUCUCUCCCGAGCAUACUACAACUAAAUAUGCAGUAGCGAAGGCGUUCAUGAUCCUGUCUUCCGACGAGCAACUCUACGCACGGCAAUGCUCCAGAAGGCCAGAAGGCUGGGAGCUCGUAUCGAGAGUUACACUAGACCUUACAGAUACCGACUACGUAGCGCAAUCACAAAUCAAGCUAGGAUCAAUAACCCUACGGCAAUUCUUAAACUUAAUACCCUUCGACGAGGAAGAGGUGGAAGCACUGCGUGUCAUUGAAGCGUUUUCUGCGGCUAGCCAUAUGGAUGUGAAAGCUAGUGUUGGCACGGGAAGCAAAGCAAGAGCAUUCAGGAGCUGGAUGGUAAGCCUGGAACACACUGAGCGCUGA